AUGUCAUCAUUAGAAACUGUAAAGGUUGUUGUAAGGGUGAGGCCACUCCUACAAAUUGAACUUAAUAAGUCAUGCCAAAUAGUAGUCGAUUCUGACAGAGCUCAAAGCCAAAUUAUUAUAAAAAAUCCAAAAACCUCUGCAACUAAAAUUUUCGCUUAUGACAACAUAUAUCCUCAAGACUCCUCACAAGAGCUCAUAUAUGACGAAACAGCCUUUCCUUUAAUCGAGCAAGUAAUUGAAGGUUAUAACGGCACUAUUUUUGCAUAUGGACAAACAGGCUGUGGGAAAACCUAUACCAUGGUUGGAAAUCCCCAAAAAGAAGAACAAGGGAUCCUGCCUAAUUCUUUUCAUCAUAUUUUUGGCUGUGUCGGCGAAUCAUCCCAGAAUAAAAAAUUCCUUAUCAGAUGUUCUUAUUGUGAGAUAUAUAAUGAAGAAAUAAGGGAUUUACUAAAUUAUGAUGAAAAGAAUAAACUUGAGCUUUUGGAGUCAAAAGAAAAAGGAAUCCAUGUGAAAGGACUCAAUCUGCAAAUUGUGAAAAGUGCUGACUCACCCCCUAUAAAAAUACUGUUCCAAUUUAAGGAAAUUAAAAAUUUUUCUAUUAAAAAAAUUUUGUUUUAAUUCAAAAGGGGUUAAAGUGCCUCAAAAAAAAAUAAAAUUUUAUCUAUGUUUUGUUCCAAUUUAAAGGGGAGGAGUGAAGACGUCGCAAACGCAAUGGAGAUGGGGAAUGCACAUCGAGUUACCAAGCAAACACAAAUGAACGAACGAUCGUCAAGAAGCCAUGCAAUUUUUACGAUUUAUAUAGAAACAAGCCAGGAGAUCUCAGGAAGAGAAACUAUCAGAGCUGGAAAAAUUAAUUUUGUGGAUUUGGCUGGGUCUGAAAGACAAAAAAAGACAGGAGUUGUUGGGGAUAGGCUGAAGGAAGCCAUUGAGAUUAAUUUAUCACUGAGUGCGCUUGGAAAUGUGAUCAAUGCUCUAGUUGAUGGAAAUGUAACUCAUAUCCCAUAUAGAGAUUCAAAACUAACACGUCUUCUUCAAGAUUCAUUAGGAGGAAACACAAAAACAGUUAUGAUUGCUGUGGUUUCCCCAGCUGAUUAUAACUAUGAAGAAUCUCUCAGUACACUUCGUUAUGCAUCUCGAGCAAAAUUUAUAAAAAACAAGCCAAUAAUAAAUGAAGACCCAAAAGACGCAUUACUUAGAUCUUAUGCUGAAGAAAUUGAAAGACUAAAAAGACUUUUAUAUGAAAAAAACCCAAACGCGACUGGAAGUUUCAUUGAGUAUACAAGGGAAUCCAAAACUAGAGCAGAGUCAGAAUUUGAUGAUACAGAAUCACGCUCAAGCCUUGACCAAUCUAAAAUUCUUAAGCGGGAAAGAGACUCAAGUCUCAGGACGGUAAGAAGUAAAUCAAGAAAUUCAGACCCAAAAAAAAAGCAUUCAUCAGUCACCCCAAUGCUUAUGUCUAAUGCUUCUUCUUUUAGUGAAGAACAAGAAGUUAACACAGAAAGAGAAAACCUUGAAAUGAUGGUCAAAAAAUUAGAAGAACAAUUAGUAGUUGGCGGGGAGGCUCUUUUUAAUGCAGAACAAGAAAGACUUAACGCCAAAAGAGAAUUUCUGAAAAAAUUGAAAAAACAAAGAGAAAAAGAAAAAAAACUAGCUGAAAAAAAUAAGCAGCAUGAAGAAGAACUAAUGAAAAAAGAAAAAAACUAUGCCAGCCUGCAAGAAGAAGUCGAUGCUUUAAGAGAGUCCAAUAAAUUAUUGCAGACAAAGUAUGAUGCAGCUUUAAGCGAAAUUGAUGAUAUAAAUAAAGAAAAAACAAGAGAGCAGGAAGAAGUUUUUAACGCUUAUAGAGCUUCAGAAAGAGAAAUUGAAUUUUUGAAUCAAGUCAUCAUGAAUUUUGUAGAUUUAAAUGAGUUGAUGAAGAUCAAGAUGAAGUCACAGUAUGAUGAGGACAAUCAUACGUGAAAAGUACCUGCAUUUGUUGUGCAGAAGAAACAGACUUUGUUUCCGAAGCUCCCGAGAGCACAACUUAGAGAAGUUGUGCAAAGGGAGCUUAAACAAAGGCAUUUGGUUUUUAAAGGGAGGGGAUCUCCUAGUCCAGAUGUGUGGAACCCAAUAUCUGAAGAAUCUGAUGAAGAUAAAGAUUUAUCUCCUGGGCCACAUAUUGUGAAGUGUCAGUUGGAUUAUUUAGGAAAUCAUUUUUCGAACAGCCCUCAGGAACAUGAUGCGAGACCGACAACUUCUGGGACGAAAAGUAGGAAUCAGAAAUAUAGGAAUAGGGUGCAGAGACCAAUGGAGCCAAUAGAAUCGGGGAUGGGUUCUGAAAAAUCUGAUUCCCCUUUAAUUGAAACAAAAUAUCAGUAAAAUUUCAAAUUUUUGUUUAGCCAUUUAAUUGGAACAAUUUUAAUUUUUAACAGUAAUUUUAUAGGUAAAAAUACUAUUUAUGUAAUAAUUUUAGACCUUAUUUAAUGAAAAAGUGCAAGUAGAAUAUUAUUAAAACAGUUAACACUUUGAAUUGAUAAUAAAAUUUUUAAAGUAAUUUUUCAUAAAAUUAAUUAAAAUUUAAAAAUAUUGCGUUCAAUUUAUAUAAUAUAAAUUAAUAUAUACUUUUUUUUAAAAAAUAAAUCCACUUUAAAUUGAAAAGGCUUUUUGUUCAAAUUUAAAGUGAGGGGAGUGAUUGGAAUAAUCAGUGUAUCAAGAAAAAAAUGCUAUCACCGAUUCAAAGAAAGCCAUCAAGGCCAUAUCAAGAAGAGCAUGCUGCUUUUAGUAGAAGUGGGCUGAAAAUUUUGUAA